GUGGAGCAGUACAUGUCCUUCCACAAGCUGCCAGCAGAUAUGAGGCAGAGAAUCCACGACUACUACGAGCACCGUUACCAGGGCAAGAUGUUUGACGAGGAGAGCAUCCUUGGAGAGCUGAAUGAGCCGCUCCGAGAGGAAAUCAUCAACUUUAACUGUCGAAAGCUGGUGGCAUCCAUGCCUCUGUUUGCCAACGCCGACCCCAACUUUGUCACCUCCAUGCUCACCAAACUGAGGUUUGAGGUGUUCCAGCCUGGAGAUUAUAUCAUCAGGGAGGGCACCAUCGGCAAAAAAAUGUACUUCAUACAGCAUGGGGUUGUCAGCGUACUAACCAAAGGCAAUAAAGAGACCAAGCUUUCAGAUGGUUCCUACUUUGGAGAGAUUUGUUUGCUGACGCGGGGCAGAAGGACAGCCAGCGUCCGAGCAGACACGUACUGUCGUCUGUACUCACUGUCUGUGGACAACUUCAACGAGGUGCUGGAGGAGUAUCCUAUGAUGAGACGGGCCUUUGAGACUGUUGCCCUGGACAGGCUGGAUCGUAUUGGCAAGAAAAACUCCAUUCUGCAACACAAGGUACAACAUGACCUCAGCUCUGGUGUACUCAACUACCAGGAGAAUGAGAUCAUCCAGCAGAUUGUGCAGCAUGACAGGGACAUGGCCCACUGUGCCCACCUAUUGCAGAACGCCCCACCCCAGACGCCUCCCUCACCCACCCCUGUUAUCUGGGCCCCCCUCAUCCAGGCUCCUCUCCAGGCAGCAGCUGCCACCACCUCAGUUGCCAUUGCCUUGACACACCAUCCCCACCUUCCACCAACUCUCUUCAGGCCUCCAGUUUCUGUUCUGGGAUCCCUGAAGGACCCUUCUAGCCGGCUUAAGAAGUUCCACACAUUUGUUCCUCCAUCCACAGCAUCUGGCUCUGCUGGGGACUCUUCCUCUAGCACUCCCUCUAAACUACGCACUGGGGUGGACAUGCCAUUGCUGGCUUCUUUUAAGGCUCAGCACUUGACGUCAGGUACAGGGGCAACUGGCUCUAGCCAACAGGCCACAGAUAGCGGAGGCCAGCGUGGACCUAGUGGGGUUGGGUCUGGGCCCUUUGGAGGAGGGGCCUCUGCUUUUCCCUUUGGACCAUACUCUUCCUCUGAUUCACCCUCAUCUAGUACGGCCCAGCUGCACACUCAACCACAGCGUCAACGGUCCUUCCGCUCUAGCACCCCACCUCUCUCAAACCUCUUCCACCAAGGAUCUACAGGUGGUAGCACAGGGUCCGGAAUAAGUGGAGGGGCAGUUGGAGCCUGUGGUGGUGCUACAGGCUGGUCGUCAGGUGGAGCGGUUGGAGGGUCUAUGGAAGGAGCCACUGGAGGAGACAGUGCGUGGGCUGGAGAGGACUUUACAACUGGAACCACAGAAGCGACUCCUGGGGGGCACUUUGGGUUUGGAGGAGCUGCUGGUGGAUCAGUAGGAGAGAUCUCAGGAGAAUCAAUGAUAGGGAUAUCUGACGGAUCGGUGGGUGCUUCUUGUGUCAGGUUAGCAGGUGGGGUAUCAGGUGUAUCAUUGGGGGGUGUUACUUCUGGGCUAAUAGGUGAUGGAGCCAAGAGAUCAAUGAGAGGGACUUCUAAAGGAUCAAUAGGAAGAGCUUCUAGGGGAUCAGUGGGAGGGGCUUCUGGAGAAUCACUGGUAGUGACUACUACUGGAGGAUCAUUAGGGUUGGUUUCUGGUGGAUCAAUGGGAGUGGUUUCUGGGGGAUUGACAGGAGGAGUCCCUGGAGGGUCAAUCGGAGGGGCCUCUGUAGGGCCACUUGGAGGAGUUUCUGGUGAUUCAGUGGUAGGUAAUCAUGGAGGAUCAUUGGGAAGGGCUUCUGUCGGACCAACAACUAGUCAUGUAGGAGGAGGUUCUAGUGGGCCAGGGGGUGGGGUGAUUGGAGGACAUAUUGGCAGAGCAGCAGGGGGGGUAGUAGGGAGCCAUAUAGGAGGGUCUACAGCUUGUACGGUGGGAGGGACUUCUGGUGGAAUUACAGCUGGACUUAUUAGUUCCUCCCGUUGUCAGAGUCCUGUAUCUACCAGCUCGUCCAGCCCUAUGCCUGGUCAGCUUCUCCAUUGCCAGCCACCUCCCAAGGCUCCUCAGGUGGCCCCUUUGCAGCAGUUUGCUGGGGGAGGCAGGACUACCAGUGGCUUAAACCUCUUCCAUUCCCCUUCACAAGGCUCCCCAUCUAGUAGAGGACAGCAAACCCAGCAGUCUGCUGAGGGCUCGCCAUCUUCCCUCAGCUAUUUUAGCCUGGCCGGCCUCCAGUCUGGCUUCCUGCCUCACCAGAUGCCCCUGGAGAGGUCUGCCCUGGCCUCCCUGGCCCAGUAUGGUUCAGCAAAUGCCUCCCCAUGCCUUACCCCUGUAGCGCCCAGCCCUACUAUUCAAAGCCCAGUAACAGGCAGGACUUUCCACUACAGCGACCCCUCCAGUGCCACAGGAUCCGACAGUUCUAUGCUCAUGCCUCAGUCAUCUCUCCCUUCACAGCUUCCCAGCCAGCCACACACAACAGGGAGCGAUUCGCCACUGGGCCGCUUUUCUGAGGACCUAAUGCUUUUAUCCCACUCGCACCCAUCUCCGCCCCAGGAGGUGGCUGAGGCCUUAGGCCAUCAAACUCCUCGCUCCUACGUGGAAACUGGAUAUUACCCCUCACCCUUUUCCUCACCCACUCUUUUGCCCAAACCCUGUAGCUCAGUGCCAGGGCACAUGACUCCUCCAAUUCAGAUGUCUCCAGGGCACCCUCACCAGACUCAGUCCCCUGGGGCCUCCCCGACCUUGCCUGUACGGAGGGGCUCUGCUGCCUAUUCAUCAGAUCUAGAACCUCAAGCUGUCCGCUCUAAACUCCCUUCCAAUUUGUGAGGAAAGAUCACACCCUCCUGUGCUCCUCCAAACUGAAACACACACAAACUAUGUGUGUCAUUCUUUUCUUUUUGUCUUUCAGUUCCACCUCUCAUUUUAUAAAGAUCUUAAAUUUGCUGUGAUUUGCAGGUUACUCGGAUCUCUAGAAUACUCUAUAUUUGUUUUAUGCUUAGGUCAUCUUUUUUAUUUUUACACAGUGUAUAUAGAUAGAGAUAUAUUUAAAUGAUACAUUAAUAAAGGGACUAGGAGGGUGUGAUGAUCUCUAUUUAAAAGACAGUAAUUUUCUUUAUUUCUAUAACUAUGCCAAAUUCAUCUGAUGAUGUUUGGGAAGACAGAUUCAAUGGACUGUACAAUAAUACUCUUUUCAGCAGGAACCUAUGCACUAAUACCUGCAUGUAAAAAGGCUUUUUGUGUGUUUAAAAAAAAGUAUCUACAUUUUUAGCUAAAACAACAGGCUGACUCUUGUACCAUCUCAUACAGGAUCACAUAUUGUUGAUCCUUAAAUGUGUCUGUUAGAUUGUACUUAUUUAUCCUCUGUAUAAAGUUCUUAAAACUGUAUGAGAUAUGGAGAAGAGAUUUUAGGAAACCAAAAAGACUCUUCCUGUGGGGUAAUAAUUCACCUCUCCUUGGCACGUCAAUCAUUAUUUUAUACCACUUAAUAACGUAAUAAUAGUGUUUUUUGAAGCAGGGGGAGAGGGGUUCAGCGAGCUACCCUCCAUUUCAAUAUUGAGACAUAACAGUAUGUGAGCAACUGGCUUUCUGCAGAGUCCUCAACCAUGUCCUAACAAGCUCACGUUGUCUUCCAAGUUCAUGCCGCUAAUGUGUGUAGAAAGCAUGUAUUGUUUUUCUUCCUGCCUGUGUGCAACUGUUAAUGUGUGAGUGUUAGUGAAAAUAAUUGUGUGAUUCAGUGGAACAGUCGAAUGCAAGGCAAGACUUUUCCCUGGACCGAUCAAAAAAACGUUUGCCUUUUUUCACACAAAAACACGGACUUGACAAACCACAGCUUGUGUGUUGCAUUUUGUAGCAUUUGUUCAAAAUCAAAAAUAGUCAAAUAUGUAAAGCUCAAAACUAGACUGUCAGUCAUUGAGCAAAUACAGCACAUCCAGUACACAAGCUGAAAUAUCUGAAAAGUGCUGGAAAUGGAAAUAUGCCAUUUGAUUUGUGCAUUACUUCUUCUACUGUAGCUGCUAUAUGGUCAACAUAAACAUGUUUCCUCAUUGAAGGCUAGUGUUGAA